CGGGCAGUGGGCGGGGCUCGGCAAGCCAAAAAGUGGUGGGUCCAGUGUAUCGCCUUGUAGUUUGACACCUGAGUUUGUGGGUGGCGUAGUCCUUACAAGGCCUCGUGGGCAGUGCCAGGCUCGUUGACUGGGCGUCCAGGUGUUGACCCUCGGAAGUGUCGCUCGUACACACUGGCAGAGGGAGUUUUUCCGCCGCAGCGCAAGGAAACACUGCAGCGAUGACCAUCCGACCCAUCUUCUCGGGGUAUCCAUUCCAGGCUGGCGGUGUGUCCACAGGUCAGGGGCGCGUGAACCAGCUGGGCGGCGUGUUCAUCAACGGGCGGCCGCUGCCCAACCAUAUUCGCCUGAAGAUCGUGGAAAUGGCCGCGGCGGGCGUACGGCCCUGUGUCAUCUCCCGCCAGCUGCGCGUCUCCCACGGCUGCGUCUCCAAGAUCCUCAACCGCUACCAGGAGACAGGAUCCAUCCGGCCCGGCGUCAUCGGCGGCUCCAAGCCCAAGGUGACCACGCCGGACAUCGAGAAGCGGAUCGACGACUACAAGAAGGAGAACCCCGGCGUGUUCUCGUGGGAAAUCAGGGACAGACUAAUUAAGGAGGGCGUGGUGGACAAGGCGUCGGCUCCCUCCGUCAGCUCCAUCAGCAGGAUCCUGAGGGGCGGCAAGAGAGACGAUGACCCGCGCAAAGACCACAGCAUCGACGGCAUUCUGGGUGGCGGCGGGAGUGACGAUAGUGACACGGAGAGCGAGCCAGGCAUUCCCCUCAAGCGGAAACAGCGGCGGGCGAGGACAACCUUCACGGCGGAGCAGCUGGAGAUUCUAGAACGCUCCUUCGAGAAGACACAGUAUCCCGAUGUGUACACGAGGGAGGAGGUGGCGCAGAAAGCCAAGCUGACGGAGGCGCGGGUGCAGGUUUGGUUCAGCAACAGACGUGCUCGACUCAGGAAACACCUCAGCAGUCAGCAGCUGGCGGGGCUCUCCUCCACCAUGCCGGCCUCCGCCGCCAUGCCCGCCGCCGCCUCCUCCUACAUGAACCAGUACGCCGCCCCUGCCACCGACCACACUGCUGUCGCCGCCGCAGCCUCCGCCGCCGCCGCCUACCACUCAUCCAGUGCGUGGCAGAGCUCAAGUGGCUACGACUACAGCAGCGCCGCUGCCGCAGCCUCCCUCAGCAGCGACAACUCCCACGCACUUAUGUCCUCUCCCAUGGCUGCCAUGACCUACCCCGUCACCUCCAUGCCCUCCAUGACGGCCUCCAUGACGCCCACCAUGAACUCCGCUGGGUGCACAGUGUCGGGCGAGGUAGGGUGGGGUGCCGGGAAGACAGUGCCCUCACCACCCAUGGGCGGUUGGAACACGGGCUUCUCCACGCUGGGCGGCGAACAAUUGGGCGGCCUUCUUGGGGGCCAGGGCUAUAACAUGGGGCACGCCAUGGCCGCCCCCGCCCCCUCCAUGACCGACAAGUCCCACGUCCCGCCCACCACCGCCACCUACCCUGCUUACUUCCCCCAGUUCACCGACCCCUCCACCCUCAUGUGUGGCCGCGUACAUUAGUCCCGCCCACGCCCCUGCACGCCACCUAACCUCCUUAUCACCCCCCUACUCCCUUCACCGUCGUCUUACUCGCUCUCCGUCCAAGCAGUUACCUCAUGAGUCCUGUUCAUCUGUCGCCGUCCACAUCACUCGCCCCGGCCACAGUGGAAGCGAGAGGAUGCAAAUGUUACCUACUCAGAAUCACUAUAUACCUCCUCUACCUCAUCCAGUCAUCCACGCUGCGUCCAUUCCAAUCUCUCCUCUUUCUUCAUUCAAAUAUUCCACCUCCACUCUGCAUCCUCUUAAGGUGAUACGUUUUGCCUUAGUCUUGUAAUAUUUAAGUAUUUUUUUUAUCUAAUCCGUCACCUCCAUCUCCAGUACCUUAUGAAACCAUCACCACUGCUAACACGUCACAAAACCUUCACAUUCAUCACUCUCAUCACCAAGAACACUUCACAACCUCCCUCCCCCUCAUCAUCACUACCACCAGCGCGGCCUUCCCCUGGAUCACCUCAUCACUUCAUCAUCUUCCCUACACCACCGUCGCCUCCGCCCGUCACUAGUGUUUCAGCUAGUGCCUCUUUGACUAGCUAGUGAUCACCUAGUGUGUAGCCAACCUCCCUCCACCCUGCGGUCGUCACCACAGCGCCGCGGCACCGGAGUAACUGUUUGUCUACUUCGUCCUCGACAAAGAUCCACAAACGUCCAGUCCACCCUUUCAUCUCCCGACUCCCCUAAACCAUCAGUCUUGGCUAAGCGCACACUUCCCCAGGCCAGCGCAGCACACGAGGCAGACCACGGUAGCCCAAGCACAGCAUAAUAUAAAGGGCACACUGACGAAGUUUUACCUGAUAAAUUGUGGUGAGCGUACAGAUGUUGAUGUGAAGUGAAUUGAAAUAGAAAGAAGAGAAGCUGAAAAGACAGAUAAUUCGUAUGAUUCCCGAGGCUGGCUGUUACAGAAUUGAAAUGUGUAUGACGUAUUGUAAUUCAUAUUGGAAAUAUGCACAAUAACACGAGGUGAAUGGAGGCAAAAUUUAGCAGCUCAUACCGCACAAAUCAUAAUUUAAUAAAUGACGAGAAAGCGAAGUUAAGAUAACCAGUCUGUUCUUCUGGUAUCUAUCAAGUCUCCACAGCCAGGUAAAAUAACUCGAUACAAUAUUGGAAACAAAAAAGGCACGUAGAAAACGGAAUACUAGCCUCUAACCUGCUGCCCCCUACAUGCCUGUAAGCGCUGCCCUCCGUGACUUUGUGUGUGGUGUCCCGUGUGUUGCGUUGUAGUCCCAGCAGCUGUGUGUCACGGAGCAGUGUGCGCUGAGCCUCCGCGCUGGCCUGCCCGUCUAGCCGCCAGUGGUUGUAGCCAAAGGUUUAUCUUAGUGUUUAUUAGUCACGCCACUACUACUACUACUACUACUACUACUACUACUACUGCUACUACUACUUCUAUUAGCUACUCCUCCUCCUCCUCCUCCUCCUCCUACGAUUACUACU